AUGGAUACACCUGUCGAGAUGCAGAGGCCCACCUUCCAACCAUACCACCAAUUCUCCAGUCCUACGAACUCUGUGAUUGAUGAGUCACCGAUCAGCCCAGUGUCACCGACCAGAGGUCUGCCAGCCUACCAGCAGGGACCACAGGGAGCUAUGACUUCGCCUAUACCAGAUCAGAAGGCGCAGGCGCAGAGUCCGCAGGAGAUGCAUCCGGCUUUCUUUGCACCAUAUAAAGAGGAACAGCCAGCGCAGCAACAGGCGCAACAACCUCCGGGCAUCGCUCCCCGCAGAGAAGAGGCGCCAGCGCAACAGGCCCCACAGCCCCGAGUUGUUGGAGAGCCGCAGUCGCCGGGACCUAUACCAAUCAAGACACAUGAAGCACCACCGCAUUUUGCAGCGCCUCCGACCAGCAACAGCCCUCCGACCCAAAGUUCACCCGCUGCGCCAGAAACGAAGCGGGAAAUCUACAAUCCAGACUCCCUUUUUGGGCCGAACGGUGGAUCGGAAACCCACCGUCCGGGCCAAGUCUCGCAUCCGAAUGCUGCAAUAGACCCGCAUUGGAGAACCGGCCUGUGCGAACCUGAUACCGUGUGCUGCAUGGGCAUCAUAUGUCCCUGCAUGGUCUACGGAAAGACCAUGUACCGCCUAUCUCGACGCGCGCAGAAACAAGAUCCUACGGAUAUGCUAGGUUAUGAGAGUUGCAAUGGCUCUUGCGCGCUCAUGUCUUUCGGAUGUGGGUUUCAAUCAUUACUCGCAGCGAUUCAACGGACCCGCAUAAGGAAGCUAUACCACCUCGAAGGCAGCUUCGGCACAGACUGUCUGAAAGCUUGCUGUUGUUGCUGCUGCGUCAUCAUGCAAGACGAGAGAGAAGUCCGUGAACGAGAGGAGCUGAUACGGAGGCACGCCGGCCCGGCUGCAGGGGCAUACGUAGCUCCCGAGGGGAUGACUUAUGCACCGCCGCCUCGAUGA